UACCAAUUCACUUCUUCUUUUAUCCUUUCCUGAACACACACACACACACACACACACACAGACACAUGGUACAGAACGUCUUUAACAUAAGAUCCGGCUGGAAGAAAUCGUCAUCCCCUGCAUCCUCGACACUCGAUGAAGAACGCGAGCCGCUGAUGUCCGUAGACUGUGCACACACCUCAUUUGUAGAGCCGGCCAACAUACCUCCUCCACGACAUGUGAUGCAUGGAUCGAACACCUUUGUUGAGCGAUUUCGACGCUUUAGAGCUAAUAACCGAGAAUUUUUAGCAGAAUUCAUUGGUACACUGAUUCUUAUCUGCCUCAUCGAUGGUGUCUCGGCCGAGCAGACCUUGAAUAUCGGGACCAAAUCGUGGCUCACUUCUUCAUUUGGAACAGGCCUGGCAGUAUUAUUUGCAAUCAGCGUAUCUGGGCAUAUAUCUGGUGCUCACAUUAAUCCUGCCGUCACGUUAACCUUCUGGGCCUACUCUGGGUUCCCAACACGCAAGGUACCGAUCUUCAUGGCCGCACAGUUCCUGGGCGCCUUCUCGGGCGCAGCGAUUCUGUAUUCGAUGAUUUAUCCAGCCCUGAACGAAUUCGACGGAGGCAACCGACAAAUCCUCGGUGACCAUGGCACUGCUGGUGUUUUUGCGACGUACCCGCCACUGUACGUGGGCACCGGAGCCGCUAUUGCAUCGGAAAUCAUUGGCACCGCCUUCUUGCUUUUGCUUAUCAUGGUGACAGGUCAUCCAAACAACAUGCCGUUCCAUCAGUCGCAAGGCGUCAUGAUUGCUACGGGUCUGAUGGUAAUCUCCAUGAGUCUGGGCUACACAUCUGGCUUCUCGCUCAAUCCUGCACGUGACAUUGGACCCCGUGUGUUUACUGCCAUGGCUGGCUGGGGAUCAGGCGUCUUUUCGAUCCGCGAGUACUAUGCCUUUAUUCCCAUGUUUGCUCCUUAUGUAGGCGGCCUGCUCGGUGGAUUGGUCUACACCAUCUUUAUCGAUCAUGCCUAAACAUAUAUACCACGAUACUCCCUCUCCUUCUACACACACACACACCUCAUGUACAUAAUAUAAAGCUUUUUAUAUAUAUAUAUAUUCUAAAAUAGCA